GUUGAAUCAUUUUUAAAACUGGGGUUGGGAAAGCAAUGAACUUGUCUAACUGAAAAAAAACUGAAUAUGAAGAAGAAUUGGCAGGAAAGGGUAAAAAAUGUUGAACAUUUAGCAACCAGCUACCAGAAGCAUCCCAUCAAUCUGGCUUACAAACCCAAACUUUCAAAGCCUUGGCAACCAUCAUCGAUUUGGAAGUUGUUUUAUCGUCAGCAUCAAGCCUUUAAUUUUUCCAAGAGCUGUAAGGCGGAUGUCCAUGUUUUUGCUUUGGAGAAUGAAAAUAAGAAAGAUGCUCGGCUUGGACAGCGUAUUUAUCUUGUUACAACAUACACCGAGCUGUGGUUUUAUUACCGGAAUUAUCAGAAGUCGUUAAUGCACUGCUAUGAAGUGAUUCCAGAAGGAGCUGUCUGCCAUUUGUAUUUUGAUUUGGAAUUUAGUAAACAAACAAAUCCAGAACAUGACGGGAAGCAAAUGGUGGCAAAACUAAUCCAGUAUGUUUGUCAAAAAUUGGGAGAAAUGUACAACAUACCUUGUUCAGUGGAAGAUGUUUUGAACUUGGACUCCAGCACUCAUGAAAAAUUUAGCCGCCAUCUAAUAUUUCAUCUUCCUAACGGGGCCUUUCAGAACAAUAUACAUGUUGGAAACUUUGUAAGAACAAUAAUGCAACCUAUGAUUGAAAUAUUAGAAAAAAGACAUAGUGGAAUUGACCGAGAAGCUCCAAGAACUGGUGGUGAUGCUUUGCUGUCAUCCAGCACACUUGUGUCUGUCACUCCAGAGAAGAGAAAGCACUUUAAUGCAAUGGUUUCUGAGAACCUUUCCCCAAAAAGGAUUAAGUGUGCAUUGUGGGAAAAAUCAGAGGAGAGAACUUCGGAUCCAGACUUAACAUUUUUGAUUAUUAAAGAUAAAAAUGGAAUUGAUCAACUCUUUGUGGAUCUUGGUGUGUACACAAGGAACAGAAACUUUCGACUGUAUGGAUCAUCCAAGCUGGGAAAGAACACUUUGUUUCGAGUUGCUGAAGACAAUCAGUUUACUCCCAAGCCUCAGGAUCAUGCUUCUAAAGAGGAGCUAUAUUUUCUGAGCUCUCUAGUCAGCAAUGUUAGAUUUUUUGACGGCUUGACCAUUUUGACCUGUGAUAGCCCAGAUGUGAAGAAAUCAAAAGAACAGCACAUUCAAGAUGAUUCGUAUCAUUUUGUAUCAGAGACAAUGGGCGGUUACCACUGCUCACCAUAUCCAGAGAUUGACAAUUUUAUCACUAGUCAAAUAAACAAGGGAGGCAUACAAGGUGUCUUGCGGCGAUGGAAUUAUUUCUCUUCUGAAGAAUUGAUUGUUUAUGAUAUCAGCAAAAACCACUGGUGCGAGAACAUUGGUAGAGCACACAAAAGCAACAAUAUCAUGAUUGUAGUUGAUUUGAAGAGAGAAAUAUGGUAUCAGAAAUGUUAUGAUCCUGUGUGUCGAGCUCAAAGAUUCAGGUCUGAAAGUUACUCAUUACCCUGUGAAUGCUGUUUGGAUUUUCUCAUUGAUAUGGACAAUGAAUUGGUUUUUACCAUGGAUGAAGAUGGAAAUAUUGAACCAAGUCAAAAAACGUAUGUGUCACAAAAUCCCAUCCUUGUGGAAAAUAUAGACACUGGAUUUGACAACAUUGAUGAUGCAAUGUUGUUAGAAGCUGCAGAAGACACUGAAUUUAUUGCUGAGUUAAAUUCAGAACUGAGUAGUGAGGAGCUGUCAGACAAUGACCUGCUCGCUGCUGUGGAGGAACUGGAGGGAUCUGUAAGUAUAGAAACAAAAUAGAUAAUGCUGAAAAU